AUGCUUGCAGAGCUGUCUAAUGGGAGUUUGAAUCUGAGCUUCCAGGGCGUUAAAGAAGAGACAGGUCAUACUUAUCGUCGACAUCUCUAACACACACUGGCACCGGGUGGGGUUAAUGCAUAAUUGAAGGGGUGAAAUGCAGGCUGGUGACAGACAGAAAGAUAAGUUGGCAAAUUGUUUGCAUCAUUGUGUCAUGAGCUAAAACACAAGCAAAGUCUAUGAUCUUUCACAAUAUCCUCAUGGCAUACCUGUCAUAGCUGUUGUAUUUAUCACAGUUGCAGGUCUAAAACAUGGCGGAACCAAACCAAAGGCCUCAACGUAAGAUGUCCACCGCAGGUGACAGUCUAUACAAGAUACUAGGACUGGAGCAGGGGGCAUCCGCAGAAGAAAUAAAGAAGGCAUACAGGUAUAAACGGGACCUCCUAAACAUUUUAUGGGCCUAAUCAUAGAAUUACAUAUAGAAUCCCUAUUAAUUCAAUAUAAUGUCUGUGGGCCUAGUUGUAAAGAUUUGUAAUUUAACUUUUAAAAUGUAUUACCAUUUAUUGUGGCAUAAACAAUAACCAGUCAUGAUGUUUUUAUCUGAUUGUCAAACGAUCACUUCAAAGGGCUCCUUUACUAGGCUACCCGCACAUGUUCAUCCACUGGCAACAUAUUUCCAGCCUCCAAACAGUGGUGAAUGAAAGAGACAUCUGUUUCACAAAACACCAAAAAGUGUAAUGACAUUUGGCGAUUGUCAUUAGGCCAGAAUUUAUGGGUCCACUACUGUCUGCGUGCGUCUCUGUGUGGCCCACUCAUCUCUGCCUUGGCAAAAUGUCAGCGUUCUUGUCACAUUUUGGAGUGUAGGCUAUACCAGUUGCCUGUUUUUCAUGUUAUUUUGGCAUUAAUACGUGCCACAUAUCAGUUUGCAAACAAUGUAAAAUAAAAAUCAUUGAGUUAAUAGAACCUCCAUACAAACAUGGUCUCUUUUUUGCUUUCUUGAGGAAGUCAGCUCCAAAAUAAUAAUAAUAAUAUGCCAUUUAGCAGACGCUUUUAUCCAAAGCGACUUACAGUCAUGUGUGCAUACAUCUUUACGUAUGGGUGGUCCCGGGGAUCGAACCCACUACCCUGGCGUUACAAGCGCCAUGCUCUACCAAUUGAGCUACAGAGGACCACAAAAUGCAGGUAUUUCAGCCUAGCUUAGUGCUUCCUGUGGUGGUGGGGCAGCCAGCGGAAAAUACGGAGCCUACAGGUUGGUAAUGGUCUCUAGUUGCGCCGUGAUUGGCUCAGUGUUCUGUCACUCAUGGGGACACUAGUCACUGCCAAAUCUACCGGUAGUGCUUGAAAAUUCAAGCCCCUUGGGUGCUGCCAUAGAGUUACAUUAGAAGUGCCCAUCCAAGAAGGCUCAAGGUCAUUGGCCACAGAUACAAUGAUGUCAAAUCACGUUAUAUCUACAGUAGCUUUGAUUGGACUGAUAAUUUCAACAUCAUACUUUCAAAAUGUUAGCUAGCAGUCAUCAUCAUGAAUCAAGUCGACAAUAUACUGGCAAAUCUUUUUUAAUCCUUGUCAUAUGAAGAUAAAUAAGAGAAAUUAUAGAUAAAACGUAUCGGUGCUCAUCGGCCAUUGGACAUAAACAAUACACAACAAGUUGGAAAUUGCAAAUUCAACAAGUGGUUUGGAAGGAAUCAGUGUCUAACUGCAAGCAUUGCAAAGCAAUCACUAGCCUGCUAUUCAGUGGAGUGGGUGUGUGGUCCCAAUUCUCAGUUUAAGGGUCUCUUUUCCAAGCUUAAAAUUAUAAACAUUCAACAUUGGCCAUGCUGUCAAUCCAGCAUGAUUUCUGCCGCGCUCAAAACAACUUUUAACUCUGAACUGGGAAAUCUGACUUCAGUGAGUUCAAGACAACUGAGAACUCAGGAAAAAACGAGCUCCGACUGGGAAAAUACGUUUUGAACGGUCAUCCAACUCAGAAUUGUAAGUCUGGAACUCGGGCCUCUUUCUAGAGCUCCGUCCUGAAGAUCACUGACGUCAUCAUGGUUCGACCUUGUUUUUUUCCGAGUUCCCAGUUGUCUUGAUAACAAAGUUUGAUGACAAAAUUAGCCCACGAAGGACCGCCACGCCUGUUCAAGUGAGCACAGCACAACAAGGUGAGUCCAGAAAUGUAUUGUAUGCUGCUGCAUAAAUGAUGUAAUAUGCCAGAGAGAUAUGUAUACUGUAGCUAAGAAAGUAAUACUAAGUGUAUGUUGUGUAGUAAGCUGUUAGUAGCCCAUGUGCCUCACCGUAAUAAUUUGGUCUAUUUUCCUCUUAAUUACGCCUACUGUUCUGACUUGUUGGUGCACAUGUAGCCUAUAACCUGUUUUAGAGAAAUGUAAUCAUCAAAUAUUGUAAGAGCUUUCAUUGUCUGCUUAUAUGCCCCCUUUAUUUAUCCUACGGUUCUGACUUGAUGUACAGGGAGAACACUGUAAGAAUGGCCCAUGUUAUGAAUUUUGUCGCUGUACAUUUCAAAAGUGCUGAACAAAUAGUUAUGUUGACUACGUCCGUCCUAGCUCGCUCAUUAAUGUCUUAAUCGAAAUUAUGGAUUGCCUCUUAUCCGCUUGUCGUCCCCUUAUGCCAUAGUUUGUACAUCUCAGUUGUCAGUAGAAACAACAUUUGUUUAAGCAAGUCAGCCAUAUCAGCUAUGUUUUUUUUAAAAGGCAGUAAAUGAGACAGAAUUAAUUGUUUCACUGUCAGACAAGGCUCUGCUGAUAGCCAGGUGUAGCAGUGGUAAGGUGUUAGGGCCUACAUAAAGCUGUCCCAACAGUUUGUGGGCACCGUUUGUCAGCGUUAUAGUGCAAUUAAUGUAUUGUUUAGUGUUGUGUGUAGUGGCUUUGCUGGCAUGCAUCCCCCCAAAAUUUAUUUAGUUUGCCCUACCAAGAUUGACAUGCUAAAAUCGCCACUGGGCUGUACCACCCGCUUUCAAGUACAUUAGCUCAUUUUUCAUGCCUCUGACAUGCGGUAAUGAUAAAUAAUGGUGUAAUAGCCUACCGUUUUCUUGACAUUUUGAUUGAAUUAUUGUGAUCGGCUCAUGUUUUACCGGUGCGUACCCCCACUAAUUAUUUUGCCGGACCGUAUCGCCUUACUUUCACCACUGGUUAUAAAACUCUCAACCACAGACAAAAGCUUUGAGAAAGACUACAGAACAGUUAAAAACGCAUCUGUUUUCUUAAUGAAAGCACCAUUAACUGAAACUAUAGCAUAGGCUGUCCUUACUCUUUUUGGAAGUAUCUAGUAAUAUAAUAAAAAAAAAUAGACAUAUUUGCACACUGGUAACCUGAUCACCUGCUCUGUGGUUUUUGCAAAUGAGGUCAAAUGAUUAUUCUCUUUAUUUAUAAACUCAAACUUUCCCAAAAAGUAGAACACGACUUUCAGUUUCCCUGUGACAAUAUAAAUAAAAGUCUCCUCCUCCUCCCAGGAAACUAGCACUGAGGCAUCACCCUGACAAGAACCCAGACAACCCAGAGGCAGCUGAGAAGUUUAAGGAGAUCAACAAUGCCAACUCCAUCCUCAACGACGAGACCAAGAGGAAGGUCUACGAUGAGUACGGCUCCAUGGGCCUCUAUGUGGCUGAGCAGUUUGGAGACGAGAGCGUUAAAUAUUACUUCCUCAUGCACAAGUGUUGGUUUAAGGUGAAAAGUAUUUUAAGGUUAUACACAUUUUCAUAUGUAUACACUUUGUAGAUGCUUAUACCCAAAGUGACUUAUUAUACAGUGAGUGCAUACUGUACAUUUUUAUUAAGUGUAUGUGAUCCCCUGUUAGAAAUGAACUCAUGACCUUGGCGUUGCUAAAUUGUACUGUAUGUUAAUCAUUAGGGUCAUUAGGGUUCACAGAAAACAAAAAUUGGGUUAUUAUAGUUUUCUAACACUUACAAGUGUAUGCAUGACAACUCAUGUCAAUUAUGCCCUGUGUGAAACAAAUUCCUUCUUUAUUUUCCAGACCCUGAUGGUGUGUUGUGGGAUCUUCACCCUCUGCUGCUGCUGUUGCUGCUGCUGUUUCUGCUGUGGCAGGUGCAAGCCACUGGAGGAGGAGCACGGAUACGUAGACCCAGACGAACUGGAGGCUCAGAUCAGAGCUGAGCAGGACAGGGGUGAGUGGGGCAAGGCCUGGGGGGAGGUGCAUGAGGGAGUACUAGAUGGUCCUUUAAGUAUUAGGCAGAGGCUGCGGAUCCAUAGGUAACCGCCUCGACCUGCCCCCUGGAUCCCUUUUCCCAGAACUGAAGAUCCGAAUCCCGUUCGUGUGGUCUCCCUCCCUUCACAUUUCUCAAUGUCAACCGUGAAUGAUAAUUCUUCAAGUUUUACCGGUGAAACGUCCAUGCAGCAUCUACAUACCAACCAUUUGAUCUCAUUCAGUUUCAUGGGGAUAUGCAUUUAGAUCUUCUUGAGUUACACAGUGUUGUUUCAAAGUAGCCUACAGUGUUGUUUUGAAUGAUGUACAGUGAGCGGAUUUUAGAGCAGACGGUGUAAACAAACUGUAGCAUAGCCUACCUGUGUUUAAAGCACAUGUUUUGCUACUGGGGCAUGCUGUUGAGUUUUGGCCACUUGAGAGAAAAAUGCGACCAAUCGCACAAUCAUCCUAAAAUCUCAUAAGGAAUUAGGUGGUGUUUUUUGUCUUACAGUAACGUUAUACUAUGCUAUUAUAUUCGGUUCUGUUAUGUUGAAUACUAACAUUAUGUGAUUUUUGCAGACAUUGAUUCAGCUUUGAGCUAACUUUAUUAAACGAGCACCAUUUGCCACCAGUAGCCUGUUGUCUGCAAAUGGUGCGUAAAGUAGAGAAUCCCGCACAUACGCAAAACCUUUGGGACCUUUAGCCAUCGGGAAGAAGGGUCCAGAAAAGUCAGAUCCGCAGCCACUCCAUAAAUAUUAUGUCUGUGUGGGUCAAUGAGGUAAACAAUACAUCUUUAGAAGCUAGUUUUAGAAUCCGCCUCUUUGUUUAGAGCAACCAGCACAUCACUUUUAAGAUGGCUCCAGUGCACUAUAACAUGCUGAAAGUGCUGAGACUAUAAUAAUAAUGACUCAGUCAGGCCCUAGGGCAGCCUCUGGCAACUCAGUUGAAACUCCAAACUAGGUUGGCUUUAACACUCUUUGUGCAUUUUGUACACUGUAUUACGUGCUUACUGCUUACACCUAUUGAUUAGUGCUAUUGUGGGCUAUGUACUGUAGCAGCUUAUUAACCCAUAUGCUUCUGUUUUGUUCUCUUUUGGCAAUUGAGCUUCGAAUGUGCUCAGUAACUCUAACUGUGCUCUAACUGUGCCAGUGUGCUUAUCACUGUGAUUGCUUUUGUUGUUGGGAACUUUCUUUAGUCUUGCAUGCUACAGCUCUAUCUAAAAAGCUUGUCGUGUCCCUUCACACCACUAGCUGAACUAAUGCCAAUGCUUUCCCCCAUUGCCAACCAUGCGUUCUUGUUACUGUUUGUUUGUGAUGUUGACAUGAUUAAGGCAAUGCUUUCGUUCUGUUAAUCAAUGGCUGUGUUUACACAGGCAGCCCAAUUCUGAUGUUAUUGGCAAAACGCUGAUCUGAUUGGUCAAAAGACCAAUUAGUGGAAAAAGAAUGCAGCCUAUGUUUACAAAACAGGUUUUGAAAAUGUGGAUUAUCAUUACUAAAAGGAAGGGUUGGUUAAAAAAAGCAGAAUACACAUUUUCAUUUCAAAUGGAUUAAUAAAAGUUUAUUUUUCUAAUAGGUAAUUGCUGCCUGCUUGUGUCCUGGCUUGGCCUAGAAGAGAAGAGCUCAGUGAAUUAACAGUACAUCUGUUCUCCCUGCAGGUGAACAUGAACCCAUUGUGAUCCAGCCUCAUACUGCUGAUAAUGAGAAGACCUAG